AUGUCGCCCAGUAAUCGCAGCUAUAUUCUUAGUAAUCUCUGCCCCGGGGACUCGACAGCAGAGAGGCAGGAAACCUUGAGCUGCGAGCGAGUGGGGACCAUAGGAAGCCAGUUCCUGGAGGACAAGCGCACACAAGAAUGGAUCACCGGGACCGGGCUACAGAUUCUCUGGGUACAUGGACUGGCCGCAACGGGAAAGACAUUCAUCAGUUCGCUUGUGGUCGAUCACAUUCGCUCAACAGAGAAUCGGUCAGGCAUCGCAGUCUUUUAUCUCAGCAAUAGCCAUCGCCAGCAUAAUGUUGCAGAUUUUGGCGUUGCCUUUGGCUCUAUAGCUAGACAGCUUCUGGCCCAAAUCCCAGAGUGGUCUGCAGACGUCUUCAACCUGGUACAAAAGUACUCCAGUUUCCCCCCUCUGACCAGGGGGAAAUCUGGUGGUCUGUGGAAUCUGGUGUUGUCUGGCCUUGCCUCAGCAUUUAUUAUAUUUGAUGGUGUCAAUGCUUCUGAAGUGGCACUGCGGGAUAUGCUUGUUGAGCUGGCAGGCAGUGAUGCUGCUCAACACGCCGACUUGCACAUCCUGAUAACGAGUCGCUACCCGCCACCCCGUUCGCUUCUUCGGGACUACGCACUGCCAACUAUAGCGACAAGGCCAAGCGACGACGAUCUCACGGAGUACAUCCUGCAUGAGCUCGCAGGUAAAUCACCAGAAGAAUACUUUCUUGGAGUGGAAGGGGAUGUUCGUAAUACAAUGCCAGAUGUUAUAGCGAUGAUGGAUGGCGUAUUCUUACCACUACCCCGACGUACAUCAUGUACGGUAGAUGAUCUAGCGUCUAUUUUAUCCAUUGAGACCCCCUCCACAAAGCCCAAGGUGCUUAGCAAGUUAGCAUUGGCCUGUUUCAAAAAGGAAGAACCCGGUCACCACAUCCUCCAAGUACUCUAUCUGGUCGCAAAACUGGAAAAAUUGGGUUACAACCCUACACCUGGCCAGGUGGUUGACUUCCUUCCUUCGCUCGGCAUACACAAGGAAAAUGGCAAUCGCUACGCCACUACCGAUAUGAAGAGGAUAUGUCCAGGUUACAUCUCCUUUAGUACCCGAACCCAAGCAAUGCGAAUUCGGUCAUCUCUUCUGCUAACUUAUUUAUGUGAGGGAGCCUCCAAAAAUAAUACCGAAGAGAGAAUGCUCCAAGCCUCCAUGUCCUACCUCUCGCAAGAAGAGUUCCAAAGUGGAGCCUGUUCCUCAUCAACAAGCUUAAAACAGCGAUUCCAAACUCGUCCUUUUCUUCCGCUGGCGGCACGUAUAAUCUCAGUCUACACAUCCAGAAACCCCCGUCCACAGGGAAUACUGGACAACUUCUUACGAUUCGUAUCUUGUCAGGGUUCUAUUGAGUCCUACCUUCAAGCAGCAGAUGCCUGGCCGUACCAAGAUGAUGCUACCUAUGACGAGCUCGAACAGGCUGAAGAGCGGUGGGCGUAUUUCCCGCAAGGAUAUGGACCGCUCCAUGUCGCCGCUCAUAUUGUCGGCGGGCGAGUUUUCGUCGAGGCACUACUGCAGCGGGGGGAAGAUGUCGCGGCGAGAACAGCGAACGAUAAGACGGCGUUGCAUAUUGCCGCGGGGAUUGAGGAUGAGGUUGAAACUGCCAGAAGUCUACUUGAACAUGGAGCUGAUGUGGACGCGGUUGAUGAUAGUGGAGAAACCCCGUUGUCUAUUGCUGUCGUUGAGGGUAACCUUGCUACUGUUAGGCUUCUUUUGGAGUAUGGAGCUGACCUUGGAAGCCUUGAUGAGGAUAUACUUAGAGAAUGUUUUGAGGAGAGGCCAGACGUUGCUGGAUACUUGGCUGGUCUGGGGGUUAGCUUUCCAAGUGAUGAAGAGUCGGAGGAAGAGGAAGUUUAA